CUUGACAUCCAGCACGUAAUUGCGAGCACUAGUAGUAUGCGCACACCGCCGACGACCAAAGACUCGGACGAGCCCGAAGACGAGUUUGACCUCGACGCGUCGCUCUCGCCGCGCCUCGUCGACCUCACGGUCACGAGCUACUCGGUGGGCACGGACGGCAUCGUCAUGUACCAUGUUGACGUCAAAAACCCGCACGACAUUCUCGACACGUACACCAUUCGCCGCCGGUACACGGACUUUCGCAACUUGUACUUUGAGCUUUCGACCAUGAUGCCGCUCGAGGACAAGGAGGCCGCCUUGGCGUCCCGCUCGAGCCUGCUCUCGCGCUUCACGAUCUCCAACUCGACGUUGCCACCGUUGCCGUCGGCCGGCGUCUGGUCGUACUUGCGCAAGCACGACACCAAGGUGCUCGAGAAGCGCCGCGCGGCCUUUCAGGAUAUUUUGGACGCCGCCGCGUCGCACACGGAGGCCCGCGUGAGCAGUGCGUUCCAGACCUUUUUGAGCGUCGCGCCCGAGUCGCUCAACCGCCGGGCGUCGUACACGUCGCUGCGCGACUAUAGCGUGCCCGCCGACAACAACAAGGCGUACACCAAGCGCAAGAAGAACCCGCGAAAGCGCGGCAACAGCGGCCAGUACUAGGAACCGCCAGCGCGUCUGUACCAUAGUCAUUUUUUAAUUUUAUCAAUUGUUCAUCCUG